AGCAUAUACAUCUGGUCUGAUUGUCGUUAUUGACUAUGAGCAACCUACGACGGCGGACACCAGCAGCGAAGUUUUACCAAGAGGACAUCGUCCAGCUCAUAGAUGAACCGCGCUCAUAUGGAGUAGUCUUGAGAUGUUGGCACGAUGCCGAAGACCUCCCUACCACCCCCGAGCAGAUAGCUGCCGACCCGCUCAUGCGACCACUUAAGCACGGGGAAGUUGGUGUCUCGUUCUUUGCUCGAGGACUUGACCUGCCACAACGAGAAAUCCUCCCAGAGUCGAAGCUCAUGCUCUUAGAUCGCAUGUACCAGCCGGGCGAUCUCCUCAAGCGCAGUGUAGACGAUGUACGCUCGGGUAUUGUUACAAGUAUCGAAGUCAAGGCUCGUUUAGAGCAUGCCAUUUCUGGGGAGGAAAUCUCGGGAUGGAAGAGCAAAGACGAUGUUGACUGCUAUAUAGAUGUGGACAUGGGAGACUAUGUCGUCUAUGACGAUUGGGUUGGUCAACUCGUCGAGAUGUUCGACGAAGCUAUCGUCGAGAUGAGCUCUGGGACCCUUGUACGACUGCCAGAAUUGAGCGCGCGACUUGCGGUAGGCGAAAAGGGACCGAAUAUCCUACCCCCACCGAUGUCUGGAAUGCAAACUCUGAUGAGUUUCUUCUUGGGCAACGUGCGGCCCAGUGCUCAAGAUACUGUCAUCGAAGUCAAGCGGACCGUUCUUGCCGUUGCUUGGCUGGCAAUAAACCAAUCACUUGACCCAAUGGAAGCUGCACAGCGACCUCGUCCCCAACGCUUCUGGCACGGGCCGAAUCUGAACAAAUUGACGCUCAUCCGAAGGCGAGCUGAGCAGACCAUGCGUGUAGGAGAUCGUGUCGUGCUCAAGAAUACAGAAGGUCCAGUCUCUACUCAUGGACGUGAAGGUGAAGGGCCAGGUAUCCUUACCGUCAGAACGUUGGUGGUCAGAGAGACUCGCACAACUGUCAACGUGCUCUGGCAGGACGGCACAAGGGAGACUCUGGACGCCAAGGAUACGAUCCCUUACCUCAACCCGGACGAAUACGACUGCUGGCCUGGAGAUCACGUCAUAUGGAAGGGCGAAGAUCAGACACGCUCGGCAGUCGUCCAGUCGGUUAACGCUUUCGACCGCACCGCAUACAUCCGAUAUUCAGACGACGGCAGCGUGGAGCUUGCUUCAGUGCUCGAACUUGAUCCUCAUGGCUCUAGCGACUGGUCUUCCGUUUCGCCUGUCGAAGGCCUCGGACUCCACCGUGGCGAGUUCAUUUUCAUUCACAAGGAAGGCACGACAAAUGGCGCACAAUCCCCUAUGGUUCCGCGUAUCGGCGAAAUGGAAGACUGGGUGCGCGAGUCACCCGUCACGCAGCUGGCCGAGAACGGGCAGCUGGGUGGAUGGCGACGAACCAUGGCGGAGAUCGGCAAUGACAUUGCGCAACGACGUGGAAAGGACCCAGCUGUGGAAGAAGGGAAGCUGAAGAGACCGCAGCAGAAUGAUACCUCGCUAAAUUGGUUCGGCGAGGUGGUUGACCUACGGCUAGAUGGCACUGUCGAUGUCAUGCUUCCGGGUUCCAUAGCUGGUAAUCUGCCACUGGGACGCUUGACUCGCCUGUAUGACGGCCUCGAGCAGCUUGAAGAUAUGUGGGACGAUGACCUAUCCGAUAGUGGAGACAGCUACGGGAGCCACGACGAACCCGAGCAGGUCUGGGCAUUGAACGAGAGGGGCGAAUGGGAAGUGAAUGCCGACGACGGCGAUGACUGGUCGACGGAUGAAGGCGACGCCAUGGAGGUCGAUGCCGAGGGCUGGCUAUCCACUGAUCCUACAGCAAUGCAGUUGACAGAGGAUGUACCCGUGGCAGAGAUUGAGGUUUCUCCAGGAGAGACGGCUACACCUGAACCGUCUGCAGACCGACCUGUACCAGAAAACGUACCAAAAGACGCUUCCCCUGUUCAGAACGGGGAUAAGUCUGUGGUGUCGGCGAACGAGGAGGACAGGGAGAAGUAUUGGAAGCGGUUUGAGAUUCUGCCCUCAGUGCCGAUCGACCAUGCCUUCUAUACGUCAGCCCCUGCCCAGCCCUCGCGAAACUUUCUGGCACGUCUUUCAAAGGAGUAUCGAGUGCUUUCUAGUAGUUUGCCUGGCUCCGUGAUCGUGCGGACAUAUGAGGAUCGCAACGACCUCCUUCGGUGUCUCAUCAUAGGCCCGGAGAACACUCCAUACGAGGAUGCGCCGUUUGUCACCGACUGGAUGUUGGACUCGAACUUCCCUCAAAGUCCACCUAUAGCACAUUUCCACAGCUGGACUAAUGGCAAUGGACGAGUAAACCCAAACCUCUACGAGGAAGGCAAGGUCUGUCUGUCCAUUCUCGGAACGUGGGCCGGCGACAAGAAUGAGAUGUGGAGCGCGGCACGCUCCUCGUUACUGCAGGCGUUCGUGUCGAUCCAAGGCCUCGUGCUCGUCAAAGAGCCGUGGUUUUGCGAGCCUGCUUACGAGAAGCUGAGAGGCACCGAGGAAGGCAUCGUCAAUAGCCGACUGUACAGCGAGAAGGCCUAUGUCCUCUCACGAGGCUUUGUGCGCCGCGCGCUGGAGCUACCGCCAGGCAGCCUCGAGACUGAGCUCAAGUGGCUGUACUUCACGAACGGCCGGCUGAAGAAGCUCCUCGAUGACGCGCGGGCCCUCAUCACGAAAAGCAAGGCGCAGGCGGAAGACAGCGAGGCAGACAAGGAGCUGGCCGUGCCCAGGUUGACGGGAGGGGGAAUCAUCACUCUAGAACGGAUAUUGGGAAAACUCCAAACUACCUACGACGCGAGCUGCACAUGACCUCUCAUGACCGUCACGCAAGAACUCUCUCGGGGUGAGGCAAGGACACCGCCGCUGGCCCCAUCUCAGUCUCUUCCUUCGGUGUAUAUGUAGCAUACUUAGUCACUCGAGUUAAUGGUGUUCAAAACAUGUAG